AUGUCUUUAUCCGGUUUUCUCACGGGCAUCCUUACCGGCGCCGCUGGAAUUAUCAACACUUUAUCUCAGGAUGUAACUAAUGGAAAUUCUCUUUGGGGAACUCUACAGGCUCCAACCUUCCCUCCUUUUCUCACAAAUAAUCCUCUUCCAAAUGGAUUUCCCUGGGGUUCAUUAACUGCAGGAGGAAAUAAUCCUUACACAUCAGCUCCCUCCACAGGAGUCAUUCGGUAUUACGACUUCACCGUCACAAGAGGGACAAUUGCUCCAGAUGGAUAUGCCAAACAAGUUAUACUUGUUAAUGGGCAAUUCCCAGGACCUGCUAUCGAAGCCAAUUGGGGGGAUACCUUCAUGAUCAAGGUACACAAUCAAAUUACAGGACCUGAAGAAGGUACAUCAUUUCAUUGGCAUGGCUUAUUACAAAAAGAAACUCCAUAUAUGGAUGGCGUCCCUGCUGUUGGACAAUGUCCUAUUGCCCCCGGUGCUUCUUUCACAUAUACAUUCAAGGCCGACCUUUAUGGCACUUCCUGGUAUCAUUCUCAUUAUUCUGCUCAAUAUGCUGGUGGACUUGUAGGACCUAUGAUCAUUCACGGACCAAGUAACGCACCAUAUGAUAUUGAUCUUGGACCAGUUUUUUUGACAGAUUACUAUCAUAAGGAAUACUUUUCAAUCGUUCAAGAUGUCAUGGCAGGUGGUGGAAACGGGAAUCCUAGGCCAAUGUCGGAUAACAAUCUCAUUAACGGAAAAAUGACUUUCGACUGCAACACUAAGGCUGCUGGAGAUAAUACUAAAUGUUAUGACAAUGCUGGCGUCUCGCAAUUCAGAUUUACCACAGGAAAGACACAUAGACUCAGAUUAAUCAAUGCUGGUGCCGAGGGUACACAAAGAUUUAGCAUUGACGGGCAUAAGUUGGUUGUUAUUGCCAAUGAUUUUGUACCAAUUAAACCAUAUACCACCAAUGUUGUCACCUUAGCAGUUGGUCAAAGAGCUGAUGUUCUCGUCACCGCCAAUGCUGGAAGAUCUAACUCGGCAUUCUGGAUGAGAUCAAGUAUUUCCACCAUCUGUUCUACAGCCAAGCAACCCAAUGCCCUCGCAGCAAUCUACUACGAUCGAGCCGACACAAGCAAACCACCCACAAGCACAGCAUGGAAUGCACCAGAUCCAGGAACCUGCACAAAUGACGACCUCACCAUCACCGAACCUUACUACUCACUUGCCGCCGGCACACCCUCCACAACCAAAAACCUUGACAUAAAUUUCUACGUCAACGAAACUGGCACUCUCCUCUGGGAACUCGGCGGAACAUCUUUCCGCGCAAAUUACAACAAUCCCGUCCUCCUCCUCGCCGACCAAGGAAAAUUCAACUACCCAACCGAAUGGAACGUCCAAAACUUCGGCUCCAACUCCUCCAUCCGCGUUAUCGUCAAUAAUCCCACCCCCGCCUCCCACCCCAUGCAUCUCCACGGACACAACAUGCAAAUCCUGCACGAAGGCCCCGGAAACUGGGACGGUGUCUCCAUCACGCGACAAUCGAAUCCGCAACGAAGAGAUGUGCAGCUCGUACGACCAUUUGGUCAUAUGGUGUGGCAAAUUACGACGGAUAAUCCGGGCGUAUGGCCUUUUCAUUGUCAUAUUGCUUGGCAUGUUAGUGGAGGUCUUUAUGCGAAUAUUCUGGAGAGGCCCGAGGAUAUUAAAAAUAAUAUGUUGAUUCCUGUGGAGAUGGCACAGACUUGUACUCAGUGGAAUGCGUAUACUAAUCGUGCAGUUGUGGAUGAGAUUGAUUCGGGGGUUUAG